AUGGCCGAAGCCGUUUCGAUACCUCCUGCCUCCCGACCACCUAUUCACUUUGCUCCAGGGCAAAACAUUUAUGCUCAGCCCAGUGUGGUUGAUCCAUCUCGGUCACAUCCAACCUAUCCUCAAAACCACACGCUCCAUCAAACCAACUUGGAGGAGACAGUGGGGCUGUCCCAUGGUAGUAAGACCAUCCAUCCUACCCAGACUACCCUCAAUCCAAGCCCGACCGACACGAGCCAUAUCUAUGAUGAGACAGUGCUCCUACUGGAAGCUCGCAAGGAAUUGCGUGACUUUGUUCAUCUCGUUCUGAAGGGCGACAUAAAUCUCUCCGAUGGUGCUCUGGGGGUGUCGGAGCACACCUUCAAGGUCCUGGUUGACAGCGGCGAGGGCUCUAGUUUGCUCGCGGAGGGCACGACGGACUUGUGGUCUAUUCAAGUCUCGGGGGGAGGAUUGGAAGAACGCCGCACUAGCGGCCAGGGCCCAGGUAGUGAAUGCUAA